AUGAAUUUUAACAAUAACACUAGCAAAAAAAAGGCGUUGAUGCCUCAGAAUGAUAAUAAGCCAUUAGUAAAUCAAAACGAUAAAACUCAAUCGUGUACACUAAACACGCCGAAUAAAAUCGUUGCUGUUGAAAUUCUUGAAAACACGUCCAAUCCUGUUUCGAAUAUUUACCUCGACAAUGAGGUAAAACAAUGUACAACUACAAACGACAUUAAAACAAAUAUUAAACAAGACGGUUCUAAUCAAAAUUCGGAAUCAAAAGAAGAAUUUCAAAAUCUAAAAUUUUCAAAAAUGCAGAGUAACCUCAAUACCAGAUACCGGCUAAAUUCUAAAAACUAUGUUCAAGAACUUCAUAAAGUAUUGAUAAAAGAGUGUAACUAUAAUUUAUUAGAUUACACUGCUUUGAAUGCAGCAUUAAGCUUUGAGUCAUUGACAAAUGUCACUAAUCGGACGUUGAGAGCUAUACAGGAUCAAAAAAUAUUUUCAGUAUUAGGAUAUUUUCCAACAAUUUCCUUAGAGAUGAACAACCGUGGUUGGGUAGAAAAACGAGAUCCACACAGACCGCCAACGAAUUAUUCUUAUUAUUUAAAAUCACCACCAUACAUGGUUAAUUGGAUUGAAUCGCCUCCGCUUUUAUCGUCAAUCAGUGAAAAUGAAGCCAUCACAGAGCGCCUGAAAAAUGCGCAAUCGUGGAGUAUACUUAAAGAUAAAAAAUCGGAUUUUAUUUUUGUCACUAGAAAACGAUUGAUUAAUUGGUCCAAUUUAAGUGAAUUGACAUCCGUCAGUCAGAUGACAAGACAUGUGUUUUGUACCAAAAAUGGUUUGGCACAAUGUUUGGAAUAUUAUAAAAAUUCUGUGACAAAUUUAAUGUUUCCGAGAUGUUAUUAUAUUCGAUCUGAAGCAGACAGAGAUGCAUUUGUCGAAGAUUACAUUACAACAGCGUUAGUAAGCACACUGCAGAUUAUCGUAAAAGCGAUUGAGAAUAAUAGAAACAUUUUCACUAUAAAUGGCAAUAUACCAUACAAUAUUAUUGAUUUUGUAAAACGAUGUGUAUCAAAAUUUCUGAAUAAACACAUAACUGGUAGUACAGAAAUAGAUUUGUGGGCGUUUAAUAGUCAAAAAGAAGUAUGGAACGAAUUUAUGAUUCAUUACGAAAAACUGAUUAUCGAUAACAAUGCCAAAUUUGAUCAUGAGUAUACAUAUGAAUUAGAACUGGAUGUUUAUGCAAAAUGUAAAUAUCUACUAGAAAAUGUGAAAAAAUAUUGUCCUCAACAUUACAUAGAUGGGAUUACCAACACAUGGAUCAUAAAACCCUCUUCAAACUGUUCAGGUCAUGGUAUUAUGUUGUCUAAAGAUUUGCAAACAAUAAAACAAAAAAUCACUGAAGAAAAUUUUUCUAGGAAUAAUUAUAUUUUACAAAAAUAUAUAGAAAGACCACUUUUGGUUUAUACAUGUAAAAUUGAUUUGCGACAAUGGUUUUUAGUGACCAAUAUGAGUCCAGUAGUUGUGUGGAUGUACAAAGAGGGUUACGUUCGAUUUUGUGCAAAUAGUUUCUCCAUGCAAAAUAUGCACGAAUCUAUUCAUCUCAGCAAUGUCAGACUACAAAUGAAAUAUCGAAAAUAUAGGAAUCCACAAGUACCUGAUGAAUGCAUGUGGGAUUAUAGAGAACUACAAGAUUAUUUGAGAAAAAUUGGACAAGAAUACGUAUGGGAUGAAUUGAUAUUUCCCGGAAUGGGCGAGAGUGUUUAUGCAGUGUUAAAGGCUGCUACGGACACUUCGUUUUACCGAGACAAAACGUUUCAAUUGUUCGGAGCUGAUUUCUUGAUCACUGACAACUUUAUCCCUUAUUUGAUUGAAAUCAAUUCCAUUCCCGGACUGAAUCCGUCAACGAGCAUUAUCGCCAAUUUGGUGCCUAUGCUCCUUAGUGACAUCGUGAAAGUAACGGUGGACUACGAGAAAAACUCGAACGCUGACACAGGGCUGUUUACGAAAGUUGUGCCGGAAAAGUGGAAACCAGCUGUCACGGUUAACUCUGCCGCAGCCACAGAAAAUUGUGGCUGCAAUAUAUUCAACUCGUCAGUGGCUUCGGGUGUUGAACCAGCACGGUUUGCGACCGGAUACCACUACCAGUGGAUGGACAGUGUCAAUAAAAAAUUGGCAACAUUACGAUUAAAGAUCAACAGCCAAAAGACGACGGACGACUGUAGUUUUAUGUGCAGUGAACAUCGCAGUGAAUGA